AUGGACAUCAGCCUGGGGAGGCCCCAAAAGGAAAGGGAGAAUGAAGCAGUGAACCAGGUACCAUCUUUAGGUGGGUGUGAGAGUGGAGAAGGGGCAGAGCCCGGACAGAGCCCUGGCUGCAGAGAAGAAGUGGAUCUGGGAGAGCUGAAGAGCCCCUGGAAAGAGGCACUGCAUCCGGAUGAAAGCAGUGGGGAGGGUGUCAGGGGGAAGCAGGAGCUCACGGCCAGGCACAGGGGCAGAGCCCGCCCCUGCCCUGAGGUCAGAAAAACCUUUAAUAGCCCCUCACCCCUGGCUCAACACAAGAUGAGGCACACUGGGAAGAAGCCCCAUGUGUGCGCCAAGUGCGGGAAGAGCUUCACCUGGUCCUCCCACCUGAUCCGGCACCAGUUCACGCACACAGGGGAGAAGGCACAUAGGUGCUCACAGUGUGGGAAGAGAUUCCGCCAAUCCUCCCAUCUGACCAAACACCAGCUUGUCCACACAGGAGAGAAGCCGUAUCGGUGUUCAGAAUGUGGAAAGAGCUUCAUCUCCCCCUCUAAACUGGCCCAUCACCAGCACAUCCACACAGGAGUGAUGUCAUAUCAGUGCUCGCUGUGUGGGAAGAGUUUCACCCGCUUCUUCAACCUGGUCCGACACCAACGCAUCCACACAGGGGAGAAGCCACAUCGGUGCUCGGAGUGUGGGAAGAGAUUCACCCGAUCUUCUGGCCUGAUCCUGCACCAGAUCAUGCACACAGGGGAGAAGCCACAUCGGUGCUCAGGGUGUGGGAAGCGCUUUCUUUGCUCCUCUGACCUGGCCCGACACCAGUGCAGCCACACAGGGGAGAAGCCACAUCGGUGCUCUGAGUGUGGAAAGAGCUUUGCCCGCUCCUUCAACCUGGUCCGACACCAACGCAUCCACACAGGGGAGAAGCCACAUCGGUGCUUAGAGUGUGGGAAGAGCUUCACCCGAUCCUCUGGCCUGAUCCAGCACCAGAUCAUGCACACAGUGGAGAAGCCACAUCAGUGCUCAGGGUGUGGGAAGCGCUUCCUUUGCUCCUCUGACCUGGCCCGACACCAAUGCAGCCACAAAGGGGAGAAGCCACAUCGGUGCUCAGAGUGUGGGAAGAGCUUCACCCGCUUCUCUCACUUGACCCAGCAUCGGUUCAUCCACACCCAGAAGCAUCCAUAAAUUUGGGAGCAAUGCAGGAAAGGGUAUGGGUAGGCCCACCUGCUCAGUGCCCACCAGUGGCUGCCUUGAGGCAAGCAGCCUCGUGCUGGUGGACUGCAGCAAGAGUUCACCCAGUCUUGGCCCUUCCAGGGCCUUGCAGAACCCACAGGAGCCGGAGGCUGGCCCCCAAGGUUUGAGGAGGGGAGGGGCUAAGAGGAAAUAUCUGAGGCAGAGGCCAGUCUAGAUGCUGGAAGAACCGGUGAGGGACCUCUCUGCAUCAGGCUCUUUGGAGCCUGUCUCUUCACCAUCAUUCUCUAAAAGUGAUCUAUGCUUCAAGGGGGAGAAGAAGUGCUUUUGAAAUAGGUUGCCUCUCCAAGACAACUGGCUUUAAAUGACACCCAGGGACUGUCCUUGGCCAGCUCCCACCUUCCUCCUCCAUCCUGGGCCCCGGGAUUCUGGUAUGAGAAGCUCCACAAUUGCAGGAAGGAGAACAUCUAUGGCUGGGGAAGCAUUUCCUGCCCUCUGCCCUGACCUCCUCUUCUCCCCACCACAUUGCCUCUUGCUAGGCCUGCACAUGCCCAUUGCAGUCUGCAAGGAGCUCAGCUGCCACCUGCUGAGUCCAGUUUGGCAGGUUUUGCUUCUCAGCCCCUCUUCCGAACUCUGCGCUGCCAGGUGCCAGGUUCACCCCCCCCCUCCGCCCCUUCAUCCCGUUCUCUAUAGUGAAUUCCUUGCUAAUUAAGCCCCAGAGCUGAACAUGGUAUCCCUGUGGUUGGACUCUGUGUCAGGUCGGAGUUGUGAAAUGGGAACAGACCAGGGCCCAAAAUGCUCUCGGUGGCAGAUGUCUGGGAUUUCCCAACCCCUUCCCCUUGCAGAGCAUUCACCACAAUCCAGGGGUUGUUGUUAGCCCUCGGGUGCUGGAGGCGCCACAUCCUGCUGUGCAGCAAUGUGCCUGCCCUUUUCAUAAAAUCAGGCCAUGAAGGUUGGAAGGGACCUCAGGAGGUUGCAUCUAGUCCAGGCCCCUGCUCAAAGCAGGACUGUCCCCAACUGGAUUAUCCCAGCCAAAGGUUUGUCUAGCUGGGUCCUCAAAACCUCUGAGGAUGGAGAUUCCUCCACCUCUCUGGGUAGCCUGUUCCAGUGCUUUACAGCGCUCCUCAUGAGGGUGUUUGUUUUUCCUAAUAUGCAACUUAAACUUUCCUUGCUGAAACUGGAGCCCAUUGCUCCUUGUUUUGUCAUGUGCCACCACUGAGAACAGUCCAGCUCCAGCCACAGAAACCCACUUUUGAAGGAUCCUCUGGUCGGGGAAGUAGAGUUUCACUUGUGUGUGAUAUGGGGUAGCAGGGGUGAGGGAGAUGUAGUCUGGGACAGGUCCCACUUCUUCGGUGGAAGGGUGGGGAAAGGAUGAGGGUAUCCUGUGGGUGAAAUGCAGGACAUUGUAAUCUCCCACUGGGAAUACUGAGGCCUCCCUGCUAGUACCAAAGCCAUUUGGCUCCAUGAGUGCCUGUAGGGGCUACUCUAAGAGUUUAAUAACCCAUCCUGGAGCACACUCGUUCAUCUCUCUAAUUUCCUUCUCGGCUGACCACCCCGCCCCCCUGCCCUGUGUAUGAAACAGCCCUCACUUUCCUUACGUUACAGUGUUUAAGAAAAUUUACUUGUAACUUCUGAGUAAGCCUCAGUUGCUUGGCAGGAGGACUCAUAUGGCAUGGUGGUGGUGGCUACAGAAAUAAGGGAAGGCAUAUGAAUUUAUUUGAAACAUUUUGAAGGUACCUGUUGCAUUUAGAAACCAAAUUUCUAACCUAGUGCUUUACGAAUUGACACAACACUGGUUGAAUGGCAGAAAGGCUUAAUACCCACCAACAAGUUACAGAACUAAAUGACAGAUGAGACUCUUUCUGAAUAUAAAAUAAGCUAUUAGCCCUUAGUAUUAUCUUAGCAGCAUAGAGAUCUUUACCCAAUGCAGGCAGGAAGCAGUUUUUGUACAGCCUCAAAGCCUGGGUCCUUCACAUGUUGGCUGGGUGGCAGGAUGGUUUCUGGUCUGGACUGCGCACACCUUGCUGACAAAUCUGCUUAGUUUUUAUACUAUUCAAGGCAUUUUGCUUGAUGGUUGGGCUAUUUAAUUCUGAACAAAACAGGGAGGAAAAGGUUGAUUAUCAUAUCACAACUGUUAAUUGCCGGGCUCCUGUUCUUGAUUGUCUAGGUGUAAAGACUCUGUAUCUGUGGCCCCUGUAAUAAUGGGUCAAUCACAGAUGAUGGGCUUUGAGUGUCAGACAGGAUACUUAGAGGUGUCACCACCAAACCUGUUUUGGGGUGCUUGUAUAUCAAUGGGGAGCUUGUACUGGUGGUGGUCUAUUUACCAAACUGCAGACAUGCAGUGAAUGGCUUGCACAUUUCUAACACCUUAGAGUGACAUUGGGUUCCUGGUUUGAGCAAUGUGAGACUGUCGGAUACAGAACAUCCCCCCUGUAUUCAGUGUACCUUUUACAGGUUUCUUUUGAGAUGCAUAUAUAGCCUUUUGUUUCCUUUGGCUGCUAGGUCAAUUGAAAUGCAUAUGUGGUUUCCUUGCCUUCACUAGCUCAGCCUUUCUUUAAAGGGCUUUCUGAGGUAUGCACAUGUGAUGAACACGUCAGGUCUCUGCCAACAAUUUUAACCACUUUUAUUAUUGUAUGGCUUGGGUCUGGUAUUGGGUACUGCAAGCACUCCACUGUCUCAAUGCCUAAUGGGUUACAAGCCAUUAACGGAGUUUGAUUUUCUGGUGGCAGUCUUGUUACCACAGUCCAGUCUUGCCCCAGCCACUGUCGUGCACUGUCGUGCACUUUUAUUUUGUGUCCAAGCUUUCACGGUUUUCAUAUUUCUUUGAUGUUGAAUGCGUAAGUGGCUGUGCAGGUUGGGGGCAACACAUAUAGGUCAGGGGGUGUAUGUCAAAGGAAGUGAAAUCCUCACCACCCCUUUCCAAGAGGGGAGCAUGGGUGCACAUCAGUUAAAGUCAUGUGAUAAGUCUGCACAAGCCCUGACUUCAGGCCGGCUUCCCAAAUGCAGUUCUCACUGUUUCUGUGAUGUAGUCUUAUGGAGAAGAGGAUGGUGUGCUACAGAAAUAGAUGCAUAAGCAUUUGUGGUCAGGGCCCUGAGCAGGGUUGAAUAGGAGCAGAAGGAGGCACCUCAGUUUACUAGGGUCCCUACUGGCCAAAAUGGGUCUGGCCCCGUGUGGGGAUGCAGGCAGCCUCACUUGCUGCGAAGAGAGAGGCCAGAUAGCUGCUUCUGUCCCAUGACAGCUCCAGCAAGUGCCUAAUGACAUGGGAAAGUGCAGGUGGGACCCUGCUGAUGAGGUCAGACCUCCACUUACACCCAUGGCCACAACCAUCCUAGGCUCCAUGUUGUAUUGGAUCAUGACAUUCCCC